AUGCGUUUCUCUGUUCUAUUUACAAUUAUUACUUUAACAAUCUGUCUUUGUCUCUGGCUGAUGCCAAGUAGCACCGAGGCAUAUAUAAUUCCACGACAAGGUUUUGGACGGUGCCCACCAUGCCACAACUACUGUCCUUGCGGAUAUAUUUUUGAAGACAGACCAUGUCCAAGUUGUCAUUGUCGACCAUCCAAUCUUUGCACUGGACGAAAUAAAAAUGGCAUUGCACGAUGGCCAUUUAUAAAAUCGCAUAUCGUCUAUUGA